AUAAUAUCUUGGAUCAGAUCACUUUAACUAAAUGUUGACACAGCUGAGUCACUCUUUGGUGUUUGCAAAAUUAUUGUUUGCAGUUGACUCUCUAUAAAUACCUGCCUUCUUUGUUUUUGUUCUUCAAUCUUCUUGUUUCAUUCAACAUCAACUUUAAGGCUUGUAGGGAUAAUAUAGCUGAAACUGAGAGAAGAUAUGGCUGGGCGCACUUUGACCCGUGCUCUUAGUUUUAAGGAACGUCUGACUACUACUCUAUCUUCCAGUCCAAACGAAUUGUUGGCUGUCUUUACAAGGUAUGUUAAACACGGAAAGGGUAUGCUGCAACAACAUCAGUUACUUGCUGAGUUUGAAGCAGCAUUUACUGAAGAUGAAAAGAAAAUACUCAAAGAUGGUGUCUUUGAAGAUGUUAUAAGAGCUGCACAGGAAGCUAUAGUUAUACCUCCAAUUGUCGCACUUGCCAUUCGGCCAAGGCCUGGAGUUUGGGAAUAUGUCCAGGUGAAUGUGAAUGAGUUGGCAGUAGGAGAGUUGAGUGCAUCUGAAUACCUACAAUUCAAGGAACAACUAGUAAACAAAGGCUCCGUGGAUAAUUUUGUGCUUGAAUUGGACUUUGAACCAUUCAAUGCCACUUUCCCUCGUCCUUCACUUUCAAAAUCCAUUGGCAACGGCGUGCAGUUCUUGAACCGCCAUCUCUCUUCAAAGCUGUUUGUUGACAAAGAAAGCUUGCAUCCCCUGCUUGAAUUCCUCCGCACACACAGUUACAAGGGAACGAAAAUGAUGUUAAAUGACACAAUACAAAGUCCUAAUUCCCUCCAAUCUUCACUGAGGAAAGCGGAGCAGUAUCUGUUGAGUAUCCCUUCAGAUAUGCCAUAUUCAGAGUUCAACAAUAGGCUUCAAGAUCUCGGUUUUGAAAAGGGUUGGGGGGAUACGGCUAAACGUGUACUGGAAACUAUGCAUCUACUCCUUGAUCUUUUUGAAGCACCUGAUCCAUGCACUUUGGAAAAUUUCCUUGGGACAAUUCCCACAGUCUUCAAUGUUGUUAUCCUCUCCCCACAUGGCUACUUUGCGCAAGCCAAUGUUUUGGGAUACCCUGACACUGGCGGCCAGAUUGUUUAUAUUUUGGAUCAAGUUCGUGCCUUGGAAACUGAAAUGCUGCUUAGGAUAAAGCAACAAGGCCUUGACAUCACUCCACGAAUUCUAAUCGUUACUAGGUUGCUUCCUGAUGCUGUUGGGACGACCUGUGGUGUUCGACUCGAACAGGUGGAUGGAACAAAGCACACAAGCAUUUUACGAGUUCCCUUCAGAAAUGAAAAGGGGAUUCUUCGCAAGUGGAUUUCACGUUUUGAUGUGUGGCCUUAUCUGGAGACUUACACCGAGGAUGUUGCAGAAGAACUUGCAGAAGAGCUGCAGGCAACUCCCGAUUUGAUAAUCGGAAACUACAGCGACGGAAACCUAGUAGCAUCUUUGCUGGCGCAUAAGCUUGGAGUUACUCAGUGCACCAUUGCACAUGCCCUGGAGAAGACAAAGUACCCGAAUUCCGAUAUUUAUUGGAAAAAAUUCGACAAUCAGUACCACUUCUCUUGCCAAUUCACAGCUGAUUUAUUUGCCAUGAAUCAUGCUGAUUUCAUAAUCACUAGUACAUUUCAAGAGAUCGCUGGAAGUAAGGACACCGUUGGCCAAUACGAAUCCCACACUGCAUUUACCCUUCCUGGACUCUACCGUGUAGUCCAUGGCAUUGAUGUUUUUGAUCCAAAAUUCAACAUAGUUUCUCCUGGAGCCGAUAUGUCGGUCUAUUUCCCUAAUUCUGAGAUUGACAAAAGACUCACACACCUUCAUCCUGAGAUCGAGGAGCUACUGUUCAGCUCCACUGAUAACAAUGAACACAAGUUCGUGCUGGAUGAUAGGAGAAAGCCCAUUAUUUUCUCCAUGGCUAGAUUGGACCGUGUCAAAAAUUUAACCGGUCUCGUAGAGUUUUAUGGCAGGAAUGCGAGGUUGAGGCAACUAGUUAACCUUGUCGUGGUAGGAGGAGAUCAUGGGAAGGAAGCUAAGGAUAAGGAGGAAGUAGCAGAGAGGAAGAAGAUGUUUAGUCUCAUCGAGGAGUAUAAACUGAAUGGUCAGAUAAGGUGGAUCUCUGCCCAGAUGGACCGAGUUCGGAAUGGAGAGCUAUACCGAUAUAUCGCAGACAGCAAAGGCGCUUUCGUGCAGCCUGCUCUUUAUGAAGCUUUUGGACUUACUGUGAUCGAAGCCAUGACCUGUAGCUUGCCUACCUUUGCAACGGUUUACGGAGGUCCGGCAGAAAUCAUUGUCGAUGGGGUAUCCGGCUUCCAUAUCGAUCCUUACAAGGGGGAUAAAGCUGCUGAAAUCUUGGUUAACUUCUUCGAAAAAUGCAAGCAAGAUCCCACCUAUUGGGAUCAAAUAGCUCAAGGAGGACUGAACCGGAUAUACGAGAAGUACACUUGGAAGCUAUACUCCGAGCGACUGCUAACAUUGACCAGCGUGUAUGGCUUUUGGAAGCAUGUUUCUGAUCUGGAGAGGCGCGAAACCCGUCGGUACCUCGAGAUGUUCUAUGCCCUCAAGUAUCGUAGUCUGGCUAGUUCUGUUCCUUUGGCUGUUGACAUGAACACUGGAAGCAGACCAAGCUGAUGCCUGCUUCAUUGCAGUUGUUUUGAGAUGGCAACAAUAAGAUCAGAGGCCUUUAUUGAUUCGCCUCGAGUUAUCCAUUUUUACCAUCGGUACGAGGAUCGUAUCGGUUACAUGGCGGGAAUUACUUAUUUGUUCCCUCUGUAAUGUAAUUUUGUUGGUAAAACAUGCUCAAGGAUGAGUUAUCUGCAAUAAAUAAAGCAUGAUCAUGACCGAAUAACAAAUGAGUUUGUC